AUGUCCAAGGCUCCUAAGAAGAACACCCCCUCCCCUGCCAAGAAAGCCAACACUUCUCCGAGGAACCUUCCUCGGGGUCCUGGGUCUCACCGGCCCCGUCCUAGCGGUUCGACCCCGCCACCUCGCUACGAGCCCGGAACGGCUCAAAACCCCAUCGUCGUCCGCGACGAUUCUCCCAUCGUCGUCCGCGACGACACUCCCCCCUAUCUCUACGUGCUUACGCACAAACGUCCUUUCGUUGUCGUCUUCCCCGGUCGUCCGCCGAUCCUUCGACAUACAAACUCUGUCGUCGUAUCCACUGCGCGGGUUCUAGCGCCGUCGUCGUCGUAUCACUUCGCUACUCGGAUCGUCGUUUUUUCUGUUCUUUUUGUCUUCUCGUGGUUUUACCGAAUUGCCCAAAGAAGCUAUGCUUCUUAG